AUGAAAUGGUUUGGGGUCCUGGGGCUGGUGGUCCUCUCCGACUGCUUGGUCACAAUCCCUCUGAUGAAGAUCAAAUCCAUGCGGGAGAACCUACGGGAAGACAACAGGCUGAAGGAGUACCUGGACAAGUACCCAUACAGGACACUCCUGGCCCACAACCUUCUGGACCAGCAUCUGUCCUACCCAGGAGUAGCCUAUGAACCCAUGAGAAACUACCUGGAUCUGAGCUACCUGGGUGUCAUCGGCAUCGGCUCCCCGCCUCAGGAGUUCAAGGUCGUCUUGGAUACAGGUUCGGCAGCACUAUGGGUGCCAAGCAUCUACUGCUCCAGCCAGGCGUGCGCUAAACACAAAGUCUUCAAUCCGCUGCUCUCCUCCACCUUCCUGGUCUCUGGCCGGCCCAUUAACAUCGCCUAUGGUUCAGGGAAGAUGUCGGGAUUUCUGGCCUAUGACACGGUUAAGAUCGGGGGCCUGGUGGAUGUAGCCCAGGCCUUUGGCCUGAGCCUGGAGGAGCCUGGCAAGUUCAUGGAGUAUGCGGUCUUCGACGGCAUCCUGGGGCUGAGCUACCCCAGCCUUGGCCUUCAGGCAACCACACCAGUCUUUGACAGCCUGUGGGAACAAGGCCUGCUCUCUCAGAACCUCUUUGCUUUCUACUUGAGCAGCAAGGAAGAGAAGGACAGUGUGCUGAUGCUGGGCGGGGUGGACCCCUCCUACUACUAUGGAGACCUGAACUGGGUACCUGUGUCCAAGCCCAAGUACUGGCAGGUAGCCAUGGACAGCAUCUCCAUGAACGGGGAGGCUGUUGCCUGUGCCAGUGGCUGCCAAGGCAUUCUCGACACGGGCACCUCGUUGCUGACUGGCCCGCGUGACUCUCUCCUCAACAUCCACAAGAUCAUCAAUGCCAAGCCCUACAGUGGGGAGUAUAUCCUUGACUGUGAUACCAUCAACACCCUGCCUGACAUUGUCUUCACCAUCAACGGUAUCAACUACCCAGUGCCAGCCAGCGCCUACAUAAAGAAGGCUCACGAACACAUCUGCUUCAGCAACUUUGAACAAGGCGUAAACAACCUGUCUGACACUGAGAUCUGGGUCCUGGGAGACGUUUUCCUGAGACUGUAUUUCUCCGUGUUCGAUCGGGAGAACAACAGGGUUGGCCUGGCUCCUGCUGUCUAA